UGUACAACAAUUAUACUCCUCUAAAUAUUGAAAUUAUCGGUGAUGACGAUGACAUCUUAUUUGUUUAAUAGCCACAUUUAUUCUUCUUCUUCUUCUUCUGGUGCAUUGGCAGUGGCCGAUUGGUUCAUUCAGUAACGAAGACGAGCUAAAGCUAUUGAGGCCACUUUUACAAAGAAAUCAUCUUUCGGGUUGUUUGACUUAUAGGAGAUCAGUUGCCAUUAACAAUAAGACAAAGAGUUGACAUAUAGAUAUAUGGAUUCUGGAGGAAAUUCCCUACCUUCUGGGGCUGAUGGGGUGAAGAGAAAAGUGAGUUAUUUCUACGACCCAGAGGUUGGCAAUUACUAUUAUGGGCAGGGUCAUCCUAUGAAGCCACAUCGAAUCAGAAUGACACAUGCUCUUCUUGCGCACUAUGGAUUGCUUCAGCACAUGCAGGUUCUCAAGCCAUUUCCUGCCAGAGAUCGGGACCUUUGCCGCUUCCAUGCUGAUGAUUAUGUAUCAUUCCUGAGGAGUAUUACACCCGAAACACAGCAGGAUCAGCUCAGGCAACUCAAGCGCUUCAAUGUUGGUGAAGAUUGCCCCGUUUUUGAUGGUCUCUACUCCUUCUGUCAAACAUAUGCUGGUGGUUCAGUUGGUGGUUCAGUCAAGUUAAAUCAUGGUCUCUGCGAUAUUGCUGUAAACUGGGCUGGGGGGCUGCAUCAUGCUAAGAAGUGCGAGGCCUCUGGAUUUUGCUAUGUGAAUGAUAUUGUCCUCGCAAUUCUGGAGCUUCUUAAACAGCACGAGCGUGUUUUAUAUGUGGAUAUUGAUAUCCACCAUGGGGAUGGUGUGGAGGAGGCGUUUUACACCACUGACAGGGUCAUGACCGUUUCAUUUCAUAAAUUUGGAGAUUAUUUUCCUGGUACGGGGGAUGUACGUGAUAUUGGAUAUGGGAAAGGGAAAUACUACUCCCUUAAUGUUCCAUUGGAUGAUGGGAUUGAUGAUGAGAGCUACCAUUGUUUGUUCAAGCCAAUAAUUGGGAAGGUGAUGGAAGUCUUUAGGCCUGGUGCCGUGGUUCUCCAGUGUGGUGCUGACUCUUUAUCUGGGGACAGACUAGGAUGCUUCAAUCUUUCUAUCAAAGGUCAUGCAGAGUGUGUCAGAUUUAUGAGAUCGUUCAAUGUCCCACUAUUGCUGCUGGGUGGUGGUGGUUAUACCAUUCGAAAUGUUGCUCGGUGCUGGUGCUAUGAGACAGGGGUUGCACUUGGAGUGGAAGUUGAUGACAAGAUGCCACAACAUGAGUAUUAUGAGUAUUUUGGUCCAGAUUAUACUCUUCAUGUUGCCCCAAGUAACAUGGAAAAUAAGAAUUCACGCCAAUUAUUGGAUGAUAUACGGGCUAUGCUUCUUGAUAAUCUCUCAAAGCUUCAGCAUGCACCCAGUGUCCAAUUCCAGGAAAGACCUCCUGAUACUGAGCUUCCAGAGGCAGAUGAAGAUCAAGAUGAUGGAGAUAAGAGAUGGGAUGGGGAUUCCGAUAUGGAGGUUGAUGAUGAGCGAAAGCCUUUAUCAAGCAGAGUAAAGAGAGAAGUUGAACUUGAGCCCAAAGAUCUGGAGGGCCAAAAAGGAAAUGAAGAGAAUGCCAGAGGCUUCAAUACAGCAGCAGAAGAGGCUACAUGCGCAAAGGAUUUAGAAAUGGGUUCUCUACCGGUUGAUGAACCUAGCGUGAAAAUUGAACAGGAAAAUGUGUAUAAGCCAGCUAAUUAAAUGUAACCUAAGUUGUGUUACAAGAUCAUUCUAGCUCCACUUGUCGAUCUCUGAACAUGGUCAUGUAGACAGUGGCAUAUAAUCAACUGUAUUUUAUGGGGAAUUGAAAUAUAAAUGAUCUAUUGGGCCAGAAUACAUCAAGCGGGGAUUAUCGUGCA